GCAUCCUUAUAUAUAAAAGAUCGAUGUUUCCGUCCUCAUAGCUUUUAAAGCAACACUUCUCAAAACAGGUAUACACCAGUCGUUUCAAGUUGAUACGAUGAAAAACUUCGCUUACAUAAUUAUUUUAGCCUCAUUGGCAACUGCGAUCAACGGCAAAGCAGUUCCUAAGGCUUUGGCUGUGCUUACGAAAGGCUUGCACAGAGAGUGCGCCUCCGAGACAAAAGUUCCAGAAGCUGUGAUUACUAAGGGACAAAACGGAGAAUUCUCUGACCAACCGGAGUUCAAGUGCUAUCUGAAAUGCUUGUUGGCAAAAUUAGAUUUGAUAUCAGAAUCCAGCGAAGUAGAUUACGACGGAAUGAUAAGGAUGCUUUCACCAAAUAUUAAGGAAACUGGCACUAAAAUGAUCAACGAUUGUCGCGGUACAACCGGAAUGGACAGCUGCGACACUGCUUAUAAUCUGAACACUUGCUUGUACAACUCAAAUCCAGUGGAAUACUUUCUCGUAUAGGAGAAACAUAUUCGUUUUCGUAGGUAUAGAAACUAGAUCGUACAGCUGUUGAAUAAUCUACGAUGAGUUCUCGAGAAUAUUGUUCGAUUACUUUAUGUCAAAUAAAUAUCUGAAAUUUCAA